CUCGCGCCGCAGGUAGUGGCUGGACUCAGGUGUUGUAACACGACACUGAACCAUGUGAUCAGCGAGGAGAAUUUAGGAAGAAGAAGAAUCCAGCUCGAGGAUUCACUCAACAACAAAUAUCAAACCGCACAAGACCACCACUGAUAGCAGGGCAGGAUCUCGAAGGACAGUUUAUUAUUAUUAUUAUUAUUAUUAUGAGCAGGACGCCGGAGUGUCGCGAUAGUUUCGGUUGAAGUAAGUUACUUCAUUUCACCGGUAAGGUGAGGCGGAAGCGAGCUACGGACAGGUCCAUGGGAUAUACAGUCUACAUAUAAGCUAUUCUUCAGGAAACAUCGUGGAUUAUGAAGAUACAUACAGCUCGCUAGAGACAGAUAGGACUGCUUUAAUUCUUUGAUCUCGGACAUGAUUUAUUGACCACCUCAGCUCCACCGGAGCACCAGCCCCUUCUGGUUGAGGGUAGGGGUGCGGACUGACUCCAUCCCGGAGAUGAUACGACAGGUUGGGAGGUUGGCAGGGAGUUUUCUGCUGCUGCUGCUUCUCAGGAAUGUUUCGGUCCUGGGGGAAAUGAACAUAAUGCCCAAUAACACUACAACUCCCAGCUCUGACCCUAAUAUCGUGGCCAUUGUAGUACCAACUGUGGUCGUGGGACUGCUGGCUAUUUUGACAGCUGUUCUGGUGUUUCUGUUCUGCGUGGUAAAGAAGAAGAGACAGACGGAAGGGACGUAUCAACCCAGCGCAGAGGAGCAGUCAGGAGCACGUAGUGUGGAGACGCCUGACGCACUGAAAUUACCCAAGGAGGAGAGACUGAUCUAACACUGGUUUAUGACUAACCAGCAGCGCUUGAUAAUAGUGACUCAAUUCCAAAACGGUUAAACAGAUAAACAUUAACUAAGAACCGUUUCUGAAGGCAUAAGGCACAACUAUGUUUUGGAAAAAAUAAAGCGAGUCUGACUACUUGGAAGAAACUUGAAGGAACAGAUCCUCUCUCCAAAAAGCCACAUAUUUCACAGAACAGAUCAUCUAGCAUUUCAUGCCAUUUUAGACUGGUAGCUUUUCUCUGAAUACUUCAUUUUAGGUUAUGUUUUAAUGGUUGCUUUGCACAUACCAAUGCUGAUGUUUGUAGUCUCCAUUUUUAGUAGUGAAGUGUGUAAUAUCUGCACCCCUAGUGGCACAAAACAGUACAGUCUGCUUUGCAUUCAAAAUUGGCCAGACUUAAAGGGAUAGUUCACUAAAAAAAUACCAUUCUGUCAUAAUUUACUCACCCUUAAGUUGUUAAAAACUUGUUUCUUUUGUUGAGCAGAGAAGAAGGUAUUUCAAAAAAUGUUGGUAUAACCAAACAGUUUACUAUUUAAGUUAAUGGCAACUUUCAACUGUUUGGUGACAAAAUCAUUAUAAAAAUGAACAUUUUUGGGUGAACCAUCCCUUUAGCAGCAUCAGCUCAACCAAUGGUGUGAAUCUGAGGGCGUGACAAUCUGUUUGACUUAAUAAUGGAAGCUGGCUGCAUUUGAAACCUUAAACCUUUUUUUUUUAUAUUUUUUAAAUUAGUCAUCAGUUUUAUUAAUAUAUGUUUGUUGGCACUAGAUUAUGCACACUACAUCUUUAAGUAUUUAUUCAAAUCAAAUUGUUCAUGAUAUAGGAUGUUCAUAAACUCAUAUCUACUAUGUUUGUUGAAACCACUUUUUACAAAUCAUUUCAAUAGCUGUAUUUGUCUAGAUUUACCUCAGUAAUGUUUCUUUAUAUAUAUAUUAUAAUUUAAUCUAAUAUUAAUUGUCCAGAAAUUUUAUCAGUGCAACAAUGGAUUCUAUUUGGAAUCAUUUUAGAUUCUUUUAUCAUAGCAUGGAUGUUUACACUCAAAUAUUUCAUGCAUUAUGCAAUGCAAUGGAGUGCCUUUACAAAUUUUUUAAUUUGCUAAAUCAUGUUUUUAAAUAUAUGAUUAAAAGGCAAUUGCCAUGCUAUAUUGUGAAUAUAAUCACUGCUAAUGGGUUUUGCUAUAGGCACAACGCUCAGUGGAGUUACUAUAUUUACAACACAGCAGGGACUCGGGUGCCUUUGCUUUUAUAAAAAGGUUGUUCCAUGAUAAACAACACAAAUUUACAUUAAAACAUUAUUUUAUUAAGCUUAUUAA